GUCAGAUUGCACCAUAGUUUCCAAACAAAAACAACAGCUUCAUUAAUCGAGCUGCUUGGAUAUCUAGUCAUUAGUGUUUUUAUCUAUCAUAUCUAUAGUUGCAUAUAAUUCAAUUCAAUUUGAAGUGAUUUGUCAACGAAAGUUGUUACGAAAUAUGACAAAGAUGGACAUCCCAAUGAAAAAUAAGAUAGAAACGACGGCAAACUUUAUACAGCAUGAGAACGACGUCGAGGUUCAGGUGCGAGCUCCAAAAAGGGUAUUGCACUUUAGUGAUGGAACGAUGGAGGAAUUCAGUGACGAUGAAGAUCAAGUCGAUUCUGUGCCGCGGACCGAAACAAAUUUGGAUGAGUCCAAAAUGAAUUGGGGUAACUGGAUGCUGCACAAGACCUGUCGACUAGGGAGCUCUGUUUUGGCCGGCUGUGACUACGUUGGCGAAGGGCUUGCUUCAAUGCUUGGCAUCACUACACCAAAAUAUAGUUUGGAAAUUGAAGAGUUCAAACGGAUGCAAGCAGAACAGCAAGAAGAAGAUCGUGCUAUUCAAAAUUUUGUAGAACAGAACCGUCCAACUAGCAGUAACCAUGAAUCAGCGGAAGUUUCGAAGCUGGCUUCAGCACAAUCAGCGACGACCAUGUUGCAUGAAGCGGCGACGAGUGACAUUGAUAAAUAUUAAUCGAAGCGUUCGUUUCACAGCAUAUUGAAAACAUUCAAACUCGAAUUCAUUAAUCUGUAAAUUUUUUAGAUACUAAGCUAAGUUUAAUGUAUAGUUAUAUAUUUAUUGAAAAAUAAUGAAAUGACAGUGCAAUUUCCAAAGAUAUGAUAUAUAUUAU